UUCACGCACAGUCGAAGCUACCGAUAAGGGAAAUCAUCACGUUUUCGUAAACAAGAUUACCUUGUCUACUGAUUUUAUCUUUUUUUUUAAUUUUUGAGAUAAAUAUUGGAUUGUACUGAUAAACGAUGCGAUAGUUUGGGUUGUUACCAUUGUGACUUGCCACCGAGCCCACAGAUCGAAUGUAAUGUCACAUUACAUUCUUUAGUAAACAUUUUAUGCAAUUGUGUUGGUGUAACCUAUGGUAAGCCAAACCAGUCAAAAGUAUGAACACGAGAGGUAGACGACGUAUUGGUGUGGUUGGUUAUGGCGAGUUAGGCCAGUAUUUAGUGAAGGCCAUACAGGAAAGUGAAAACCUUGAACUUUCUUUUGUUUGGAAUAGAACCUCUUCGGUAUUGAAUGGUAAAAUUGAUGAAACACUUAUACUAAAAGAUCUUUCUGAUUUCCCAAAAUUGAACCCAGACUUAAUAGUAGAAGUCGCCCAUCCUUCUAUUACACGUCAGUAUGGAACGGAAUUCCUGAAGCAUGCCGAUUUCAUGAUGGGAUCACCAACUGCCCUAGCAGAUAAGGAACUAGAGUGUAAUCUUCGAACUGCAGCUGCUUCUCGUGGGUUGUAUUUACCAAGUGGUGCUUUCUGGGGCGGAGAAGACGUACAGAAAAUGGCUGAUUUGGGAACUUUAAAAGCCAUGUGUGUAACAAUGAAAAAACAUCCAUCAUCUUUGAAGUUGAAUGGUGACUUAAGAGCUAGAAAUGAAGCUGUAGUUGGAGAUAGUGCUGUUGAACUCUACAACGGACCAGUGCGCCAGCUGUGUCCUUUAGCGCCAAAUAAUGUUAACACAAUGGCUUUAGCAGCAUUAGCUGCCCACAAUCUUGGAUUCGAUGGUGUUCAAUGCAAACUUGUCGCAGAUCCAAAGUUAACCGACUGGCAUAUCGUUGAGGUUGAAAUAUGGGGCCCUGGAGAUAUUUCUGCGGGGAAGGCAUUCUAUUGCCAUACAAUUCGCCGGAAUCCUGCUCAAAUUGGAAAAGUAACGGGCUCCGCCACGUAUUCAUCUUUUUUUAGCAGCAUGAAUAGGGCUUGGGGAAAAGGACAUGGUGUUCAUUUGUGUUAGAAAAUGCUGAAAAUGUUUGGUCUCUUUAAUGGUUGUAAAUGAAUAUUAAUAAAAGUAAAAUACAUGAAA